UCCUCCAACUUCUGACACCAUGGUCAACUCCUGCUGUGGCUCCGUGUGCUCUGACCAGGGCUGUGGCCAAGAUCUCUGCCAGGAGACCUGCUGCCCUCCCAGCUGUUGCGUGUCCAGCUGCUGGAGGCCCCAGUGGUGCCAGUCUGUGUGCUGCCAGCCCACCUGCUGUCGCCCCAGCUGCUGUCAGAGUACCUGCUGCAGGACCACCUGCUGCCGCCCCAGCUGCUGCAUCUCCAGUUGCUGCCGGCCCAGCUGCUGUGUGUCCAGCUGCUGCAGACCCCAGUGCUGCCAGUCUGUCUGUUGUCAGACCACCUGCUGCAGGACCACCUGCUGCCGCCCCAGCUGCUGCAUCUCCAGUUGCUGCCGGCCCACCUGCUGUGUGUCCAGCUGCUGGAGGCCCCAGUGCUGCCAGUCUGUGUGCUGCCAGCCCACCUGCUGCCGCCCCAGCUGCUGUCAGACCAGCUGCUGCCGCCCCUCUUGCUGUGAAUCCAACUGCUGCCGCCCCUGCUGCUGCCUGCGUCCAGUCUGUGGCUAAGUCUCCUGCCACACCACUUGCUACCGUCCAACCUGUGUCAUCUCCACCUGUCCCCACCCCAUGCGCUGUGCCUCCUCUUGCUGCUGAGCCCUGGCUCACCUCUCCCUUCACUGCUGGCCCACAGAUGUAGACCCUUCUACUGUGCUAACCAUUAGGACACAUGGAGUGGGAUUGAUGUCAUUCAGUAGGAUGGACUUCAUGUUUCCAAUGAGCCCAUCACCAUUUCACUGAUUCUGUGAGAAUAUUCUGGCUGAUUUUAAACUCCGUCCCUUGCUUUCUUUUUCUUCCAGUGGUGGCAACAAGUACAAAUUAAUUGUAAUCCACUAGCUAUAAAAUUAUUCCAAUCGUCUAAAUUCCUCAUAUUAUUUAUCACUUUGAGGCUAUAGAUUCUCCUUCUCAGUGAGGUAGACAUUACCUGCAGGACCAGUAUUGUCACUGAUGUUGCACCCUCAGACCCAGGCGUCCAGUUAUAUUCUUUUCCUCUGAGUGUGACUUUCUUAUGUUUUGUUGCAUCUCUGCUUUCUAAUAAACUUUUCUGCACAUAAGAA